AUUAAAAAAAAAAAAAAAUUAAAUAAAACAAAUGAAUCUAAGCUUUAGAAACCCAAAAAUCAUAUAUUCGAUAAGGGUAUAAGAGAACAUGAAUAGCUAAUAAAAAAAGUGCGGGACACUGUGUCAAUUAAUUAAUUUGUUAUUUAUGAAUAAAAUAAAUAAACGAGUUAUAAUAAUAAAGAAUUACAUUUUACAUCUAUUGUGUAUCGUAAUUAAAAAAAAAAAAAACUCAAAUGAAAAAGUAAGAAAAAAAAAGGAAAAAAAGCAAAUAGAGAAAGUCUUUUAAAAAGUCGCAUAAUGGCGCGUAAAAGAAAAUUUUUCAAAAUAUCAGAUAAGCCGGAAAUUAAUUGUUCAAAGUCACAAACUUCUAAUAGCACACAAUUCGAAGAGCAACACCAGCAGCAGCAGCAGGUAACUGAGACUCUUCGUCAAAGUAGUGGAGGCAUCGUUUACCAAGCAAACGAUCCGAUGGACUUUCAUUUUACAAAAAUUCCAAAAAAUUCUUCCAAAUUGUUUUUCAUAAAAACCUACAGACUUCUCGAUAACCGGGAACACCAACGUCACGAACGUCAAUCGCAUUGCGAAGAGAAAGGACAUCGAAUUCAAAAGUCAUCGAAUAUGAAAACGGAUUUUGUACACAAGUCCACCAUUAUAAUGGAAGUUGAAGAUAAGACGCAAACGUUAAGCAAUAAUUCAUCAACAUUGUCGAUGGCUUGUGGUAUGAAACGUGAAUCGUUUUUGCGGCACAGCUUGCAAACGUUACGUCGUAGCUUCACUUCGAAAAAGUCCCUCAAGCCAAUUGAUGAGAAUUGCGCCGCAAAGCAUCCCAUCCCUUUGCCAUCCCAAUCACCAAUAUUAAAUCAAAGUCAUAUCCCAAAUUUAUAUAUAUCUACGACAACAUUAGCCAGCGGUCUUGUAAUAACUUUAAACUCGAAUCUAAAUGCAAAAAAUGACCAUUCGUUGAAGACGUCGGAAAAAACCGUUGUUAAGAAGCGUGCUUCAGUAUGCAACAACUACCCAAUUGCGGUUACGGACACUUCAUUUUGUACAGGUGAUGCAGUUAUGGCGAUUAGUGAAAACAAUGAAAAUAAUUGCCAUUUGAACAGAUCUACCAGCAGUGUUAGUACAAUUGAGCAGAAUUUUCCAAAUUCAACAAUCGUUGCCACAACGACGCCCAUUACUUCGCUGCAUAAUCAUGCUGGUACGCAAAGUGUCUUGUGCUUGAGUGCUUUUGAAAAGGAUUUGCGUAUACAGCCAGUGCAUAAACCGCAGCAAUCGCAUCAGCAUCGUAAUAAGAGAUUAUUUCAACAGCAGUUAUCAACGCCUAUUGAAGGUGUGAUAACCAACUCACCAGCAUCAGCAAGUGGUGCUGGUGAUUACUCAAGUGCAAGAUCUCUAAAACAUAAUAAUAACUCCACAAGAUUAGGACAAUUGGUAAACGUUCCAUCUGAGGUUAGCCUGCGCAGCAUAAGUCCUUCUCGACGCAGUGCGAGCAGUAACAGCAGCAGCACGGCCAAGCAUGAGCAUUCAUCAACGGCAGCCACAGCUGCCACCGGGUCGUCCGCUGCGGCUGCUGUCUCCACCUCUUCCUCUACUACACCGCCUGAAAAAGAGAAAAAACGCAAAGAAGUUUCCAGCUCCCGAGUGAAAAAAUUCCAUAGGCAUUUUUCGCAAGUCUCCAAAGAUGAGAAACUUAUCAACUAUUUUUCAUGUGCACUAGUCAGUGAUAUAUUGCUGCAAGGACAUCUUUAUAUAACAGAUAAACAUUUUGCAUUUUAUUCAAAUGUCUUUGGUUAUGUAACUAAGGUUGUUAUACCCACUUCGUCUGUGACGAAAAUUUCGAAAGAGAAAACCGCUAAAAUUAUACCUAAUGCUGUAGGUGUGGCCACGGCUGAUGAGCGUCAUGUUUUUGGCAGCUUUAUUAGCCGUGAAGCGGCUUUUCGUCUUAUGUGUAGCGUGUGCCCGCCAUUAGCGCCAGCGGUAGCACUCUUGCCCAAAGAUCCAGCUAGCAUAGAAAUAUCGGAAGAAUACUCAAUCGAGGAUGAUAGCAGUUGUUCGGUGAGCGGUAACGAAAGUCCAGCUCAAACAAACGAGAAUGGUUGCAAUGUUAAUUCAAUGGCUGCACACAAAGACUCUAGUCAAACUCUGCUAAGGCAUACGAUAACCAAUUCGAAUUUAAGUAUUGUGGAAAGUUCUGCUCAACAAAGACAUUCCGAUAUUCCUUUAAAUGCCAAAACCGCAGUAUUCUCAGCUUCCUCAGCUAAUCUGCAUACGCAUAUUGCUGGUUCUCGUAUUUCAGCACCAAUUGUUGCUAAUUUAGCUAAAACUACCAGCAACGUUGGUGGCGGUGUUGGUUCCUCUGCUAGUAAUAAAAAUAAGUCUUCGUUAACAUUCUCACAACCCACCGCCUGCACUGCUUCUUUAACCGUUCUACCUUCGUCUUCGACCGCAGAAGCAAAUGUUACUUUUAUAGCUGGCACGGCUUCUACCACAACUUCGGCCACCUCAACACCAACACCAUCGACAUCGUCCUCUCCUACGACAGUGCAAGCAAAACCAUCAACCUCUAUUCAAAAGGCUUUGCAAACAUUGCGUACUUUCACCAAGACAACUAUGCUGCGUAUUCGAUAUCCAAGAGAAUUGCAUGUCGUCUAUAUGGGUGUUAUGCUUACAUUAGUCUUAACGGUAUUUACAAUAUUUCUACUCUACCGGAUAUUAGAUAUUGAGGCCAAAACGUCAAUUUAUAGAUUACCAAAUGAAUUUAAUUGGCGUUCUGGUAACGAUGACGAUAUCUUUGCAGAAGCACUACGCUUUCAAAAUGAGUUAGAGCAUAAAAGCACUGAAGAGGCGCAGAAUAUACUUAGAGCGAAUUUAGAACAAAUCGCUAAGGUUCGUCGUAGUUUGGAAACCUUAUCGAUGUUAAUCCAUGACCGUGGUUCAACGUUUGAUAGUCAUCAUCACUAUGUAAAUCGCGAUGAUAGUAAUUGAAUAUAUAUAUAUAUAAUUAUGUUAAUUCAUAAUAUCUUCUAUUGUAUUAUAUUUCAUUUGUACUUUUAUU